CAGCCUUUCAUGUUGGUUUUUAUCACUUAUGCCAUAACCUCAUCAAUUCCCCAUUUUUUAAUAACUUGAAAUAUCUGUUGUUGCUUUUGUCUUUUUAUAUUUUCUUAAGAGAGAUAAAAAAGAAAAUACGAAAAGGACAACUAUACCCCUUUCAUGCUGAUUGAUUUCAAUAAACUCCUGAUUUUCUUGCAUUAAAAUUACCUCCAAAUUUGUCCAAAACCAGGGGUAGUCACAGAAACCCAUAAACAAGAAGACACCUUAGUUUCCUCUCUUUUUUUUUCCUGCUGAAAUGCCUUUGGUUUGGUUUUAAUUCCACCUCAUAUUUUAUAUGUGUUCCAAACUUCUUCUUGGAAUGUCCCCUCCAUAAUCCUCAAAACACAAGCCAACUUAACACCUCUUCUUCUCUAGAAAUUCUAUUAAGUGGAUAGAGGGGAGAGAGAGAGAGAGAGAGAGAGAGAGAGAGAACGUGAGUAGGAAAUAAUGGCAGCUUGCACUGUCUACUCAACACAGUCUCUCAGCACAAAUUGCUCCAUCUCAAUCCCAUCAAAAACACAAUUGGGUUUUCAUCAAAAACAAGUAGUUUUCUACACCACAAGUAGGAGGAACAGCAAGAGAGGCAGCAACACUGGCAGCCCCUAUGUGAUAACAUGUGCAGCAGGUGACUCGCAGACAGUGGUGAUUGGUCUAGCUGCUGACUCAGGUUGUGGGAAAAGUACUUUCAUGAGGAGGUUGACCAGUGUGUUUGGAGGAGCAGCUGAACCACCAAAGGGUGGCAACCCUGAUUCCAACACUCUCAUCAGUGACACCACCACAGUGAUAUGCUUAGAUGAUUACCAUUCAUUGGAUAGAACGGGUAGAAAAGAGAAGGGUGUCACUGCACUUGAUCCAAGAGCGAACGAUUUUGAUCUCAUGUAUGAACAAGUUAAAGCUCUUAAGGAUGGAAUUUCUGUUGAAAAACCCAUUUACAACCAUGUCACUGGUCUCUUGGAUCCACCAGAACUCAUUAAACCUCCUAAAAUCUUAGUCAUUGAAGGUUUGCAUCCAAUGUUUGAUGCUCGGGUUAGAGAACUCUUGGACUUUAGCAUCUACCUAGACAUUAGCAAUGAGGUGAAAUUCGCUUGGAAAAUUCAGAGAGACAUGGCAGAACGUGGACAUAGUCUUGAAAGCAUCAAGGCUAGCAUUGAAGCAAGAAAGCCUGAUUUUGACGCUUAUAUUGAUCCACAAAAGCAAUAUGCAGAUGCAGUAAUAGAAGUGUUGCCAACCCAACUCAUUCCAGAUGACAAUGAAGGUAAGAUUUUAAGGGUGAGAUUAAUACAGAAAGAGGGGGUUAAGCAUUUUAGCCCAGUUUACUUGUUUGAUGAGGGCUCUACCAUUUCUUGGAUACCCUGCGGAAGGAAGCUUACAUGCUCUUAUCCUGGCAUCAAAUUCUUCUAUGGACCAGACACUUACUUUGGAAGCGAGGUGUCCGUUGUAGAAAUGGAUGGGCAAUUUGACAGAUUAGAUGAACUAAUAUAUGUUGAAAGCCACCUUAGCAACCUCUCUAGCAAGUUCUAUGGAGAAGUUACUCAACAAAUGUUGAAGCAUGCUGAUUUCCCAGGUAGCAACAAUGGAACAGGUCUGUUCCAAACCAUAGUUGGUUUGAAGAUAAGAGACCUAUAUGAGCAGAUAAUAAGCACUAAGGUUGAGACUCCAGUAGGAGCAGCAAAGGCUUAGGAACCUGCCAUAUAUAUACGCAAUGGACAAGGCAGCUAUUGAAUUCUCAAUAUCAUUUUCUUCUUCUUUCACGCUUUGCAUAUUUCCACUGUCUUUCAUGCUAUUUUGUCUAUUUUUAGGCUGUUCUUCAAGACGAUGAAAAACACUUUGCAUGUAUUUAUCUGAGCUGUUGUUACUCAUAAUACAGAGAAGGAAAAGCAGUGCCGAGAUUCAGUUAUGUUGAUACAAGA